CAGGGCUACAGUUUGAAGUCAAUGAAAAUGAAGUGUCUGUCCAACUACGAGGAACCCCGCUUUCCAUGUGGCAUGGAGAAACAUGUCACAUACAAGGAGUCAGGCCUCAAAACCUCACCACUCAUGGGAUGCGUCCAAGUAGUAGUCAAACAACUCUCUCCAGGUGUCACCUCUGCCAAUGUUUGCCUCAAGGAUGAUGUGAAAGGUGUUCACAAUAAGGAGAACAACCAUCAUGACAGGACCCUUGACGAGGUGAACCUAGGCUGUGAAGCAUUCGAGGACAGCGGUUACCUGUCUUUACAGAACAGCCAGAUAGAGGACUUUUAUAACGGAAAGGAACAAGGGGAGUCACUAGGACAGGAUAUAUUCUCCCCAUGUACUCCAGUUGCUGAUUAUCACAAGGCUAAGCAUACUGCCUCUCAACUCCCCAUACUGAAGUUUCAACAUGCCAUAUGCCAAGAACUCACCAAUAGCUUCAAGAGGACCCAGAGCUAUGACUGGACUGUCAUUAGCCGGCUAGCAGAGGACUCCGGCCUUGAAAGGGUUAUUGGUGGGAAUAUGGGCCUUGAAUGUAUGGAUGUUUUAAAAGCACUGCUGGAGAGGGACAUGAAGCACAUCCUAACCAAGAUCCUGCGUCUGCUUGAUGUUGACUUGAUAAGGUAAACAUUUGACCUUUACUGAUCUUAUGACAAUUGUAGAGGUUUUUCAACAUGAAAAUAGUUUUGUACUCUUAUCAUAUAUUCAUGGUAGUUUUUCUCGUUUUCGUCACAGCUGUAGAAAAGUGAGCAAGACCUGGAGAAAAAUAAUCUGCCAAGACAAGUCUGCACUCCGUAAAUGCUACCAGGCUGAACAGAGACUCCGGGUAAGCGCUAACAUUUUAAAUGGGUUUCCUUUAGUCAUGUAUAUCAGGUAUCAGUGGUUUUAAUUCACAUUGAUGGUUUAGUUUUUUAAGCUUACAGAGGCUCCCAACUUUGCUGAUAUGUUCUUUAUUUGCAUUUAUUUAGAGGCCCUUUGCAGUACUUCAAUCUUAAUUGCCUAACCAUAGGGUAAUCCACUGCAUGAGUAUUGUAUGCUAAAUAGCAAUGUCCUUUUUUGUUAUAGGACUCAAGAACCCCUGUAGGACUGGAGAAUGUGGGCUCUUUGACGCGAGACGUGACCCUGUCCAGGGUUGUAAUGUCCUGCAUGCAGAGAGUAGCUUCAACCCCUAUCCAGAAGUCUACCAAGAGGAUGCUCUCCCAGAGAGAAUGCACACAGGCGCCGUACUGCUGCCAGCAAUCUCGCUUCAGAGAAUACCAAGAGGUGAGGGUUCCUCUAUUCACUUUGCAUGUGAAGGUUCAGAGGACAUGAUGGUGCUCAGUGUGUGUGUACUUAUUGGGUUGGUCACCUUCCAAUCAGUUCCAAAAAAGUCAUUGACAUUAUGUUCAUGUUACCAAUGAUACAUAUUGUGAGUUAAACUCUGUAGCCUUAUACAUUGUUUGGUUGUGUUCUCUAGGCUGCCAGUUCGCUGAAGCAGCACGAGUCGCUGAAGCCCUGUAAGCGCUGCGGCUCUCCAGCCAAGCACAACGCAGACGCAAUGAGGGCCACCUGUACCCGCUUCAGUUGUGCCUUUGACUUCUGCACCCAGUGCCAGGGCCCCUUCCAUGGCUCCUCAGCCUGCCGCACGCGGCUGACCUGGCGGUCUUGCAGCUCCAGAGCCACCCCCAUCCUCAUUGGCAGCGCUCGCAGCAAGCGGAACAUCAGGCGCCUGUGAGAUCAACACAGCCUGCGAUAAAGACCCAAUCGCUCACCUUUUUUAAAACUAACAGAAGUUCUAAGGAAUAUUUGUUUUAUUCAUAGGCCUUUUAGCCCACUGCCUCCUCGCCACAGACCAAAGGGAUCUCGGCUAUUGGAAUACUCUGCUUUAGAAUACUACUGUAUUCUGGGGCUAUCAAGUGAUGCCAGUUCUCCGGCAUACGUCGUCAGAAAGUGACAAUCGUACUGGAAGCCCAAAACAAGAACGUCCCACUGAAUGCAGGGGAAUUUUUCCUAGACUUUUAUUUUUCUUAAUGAAAUGUCCUUGUCCUCUUCAUAUAUUUGUAAGUCUUUUAAAUGUGAGAUAUGUAAAUAUUUAUAUUGUUUAAAUAAAUGUAUCUUUCG